GCCGCUUUAUCCGGGGGCGUCUCCUGGCUGGGGGCGGGGUGGAGCUGGAGUCUCUGCGGGCGCUUGCCCGUCGUGUCCCGGGGCUCUUCUCGGCUCCGCUCCCGCUCCUAUGCGGGCUGCGGCCGCCGCGCUCGCAGCACCCUGGGCCCUGGCGGGCGGCCCCUCCGGCUCCGGGCAGCGGGUCGCGUCCCUGCGAGCGCGCCCCGGCCCCGCCGGCGCUGCCCCGGAGCGCCAUGAGCUCAGAGCCGCCCCGCGCCUCGCUACUCCGGGCCCUCUUUAAGAUGGAGCCGGCGGCGGCCGCCUCCGAAGUGCUGUUGGGAGCCUCGGAGUUCGUAAAAGAUCGGUUGUACUUCGCUACUUUACGAACUAAACCGAAAAGUACCGUAAAUACCCACUACUUCUGUACCGAUGAGGAACUGGUCUAUGAAAAUUUCUAUGGAGAUUUUGGACCAUUAAAUUUGGCAAUGUUAUACAGAUACUGCUGUAAACUAAAUAAGAAAUUAAAGUAUUUCAGUAUCUCAAGGAUGAAGAUUGUGUACUACACCAGUUUUGACCAGCGGAAGCGAGCAAAUGCAGCGUUUUUAAUAGGUUCAUAUGCUGUUAUAUACUUGAAGAAAACACCAGAAGAAGCUUACAGGAUGCUUUUAUCUGGAUCUAAUCCACCAUAUCUUCCAUUUAGGGAUGCUUCAUUUGGGAACUGCACAUACAAUCUUACGGUCUUGGACUGUUUACAGGGAGUAAAUAAGGCCUUGCAGCAUGGAUUUUUUGACUUUAAGACAUUUGAUGUGGAUGAAUAUGAACACUAUGAGCGAGUGGAAAAUGGCGACUUCAACUGGAUUAUUCCAGGAAAAUUUUUGGCUUUUAGUGGACCACACCCGAAAAGCAAACUUGAAAAUGGUUAUCCUCUUCAUGCACCUGAAGCCUAUUUUCCUUAUUUCAAGAAGCAUAACAUCACAACAAUCAUAAGACUAAACAAAAAAAUUUAUGAGGCAAAACGCUUUACUGAUGCUGGUUUUGAGCAUUAUGAUCUGUUCUUCAUCGAUGGCAGCACACCAAGUGACAGUAUAGUCCAGAGGUUCCUGAACAUCUGUGAAAAUGCUGAUGGUGCCAUUGCUGUACAUUGUAAAGCUGGCCUGGGGAGGACAGGAACACUGAUUGCCUGUUACAUCAUGAAGCACUACAAGUUCACACAUGCUGAAGCCAUUGCUUGGAUAAGAAUAUGUCGCCCAGGCUCUAUUAUAGGACCCCAGCAACACUUCUUGGAAGAGAAGCAAGCGAUGUUAUGGCGGGAGGGAGAUCUCAUCCGAUCAAAGCAGAAGCAGCGAGGAGUUGAUGGAAACAUUAACAGAGUUCUUUGUGGCUUAAAUGACAUUUCCAUCAGUGACAGUCUGAACAAAGCACAAGACUUGGAUCAAUUCAAGGAGAAUGAUUCUGAAGACAGAGAUGUGGAAGCUGAGAAUGGGAUGACACAGGGAGAUAAGCUGAAUGCCUUAAAAAGUCGUCGACAGCCUUCUUCUGCUACGACUGGAGCUCUGAGGCUGCAAGACAUGAAACUGUACACCAGGUCAAUAUCACAACCCUUCAGACUGAGUACUUCAGGUAGCACGGACGGAUCCAUAUCUCCUCUGAAGGCCUCCAGAGUGAUGGCAGUCACUUCACCAUCUGCAGAAAGAAUAAGCAGACUUUCCAUGUCUUCAGGCUCUAACCUUAAAAGCGUUUCCAUAAACUCCAGACUAGCCAGUUCUCUAGGGAACCUGUAUGCUGCUUCAGAUGGUGAUGAGAGCAAAAUGACAUCAUCGUCCCCUAGGACAGGUUUUUCUGUAAGCCAUAUCUCCAGUCACCUGAAUGGCAGCUUGCAGCUGCCACACAGAAAAAACCAUGAACUGAACAACAACUUAUACAACAGAAACAGCAGUAGUGGCAACAACCUGAGCAGCCCAAGCAGUUUUCACAGCGCCGUGACAGAUGAUUAUGCACCAGCCUUCCUUUAUGGGCCUUACAGCUCCUCCAGCACCAUACCAGAGGCCAUUCCUAAGUGGAGGACCUACCCUCUUGUUAGCAGCUCGGUUGUGGCACCACUCACAGUUCAGAAGCCACAUCUCUGUAGCUUGGGAGUAUGAAUUGCUAUUUCUGAGGAUAGAUGACAGUAGGAAAUAAAAUCUCAUUGUUCCAUUGUGGAAUUAAAUUGCAUGUGUGACUGAAAUGUAAUCUGUAUAAACAGAACAUUGAAGUUAGUUGAGGGAACGUGAUUCUGUAUUCUCUAACUCGGUGAGUUCUUCCUUCUGUGUUAGAAUCUGCUUAACUAAAGCAGCUCUUCAGAAUUCUUGAUGCUUUAAGAUUCCUUGUUGAGAAAAAAAAAAAGCUUCUUAUCCACUACAGUUUAUCUGGAAAUAAAUGCCAAUAUUCCACGAUCUUAGAAUCACUGUUCCACACUGAGUUUGAAAUUGAGUUUAAGCUUCACUUGAAACAGCAGCAGAAACUUGUUUGGAGGGGAGGUCUUGAAUGUUGCCACACCUUCACCACUUAAAUUUGACUCUGUUUUUCCCUGAUACAUGGGAUUGUAAUAAACUAUAUAUAAUUCAGAUUCUUCAAGUGAGAUAUAGAAACUGUAACAGUUCUUCUAUGAUGGAACGAGUUCUAGAACAAGAGGACUGUUCUUGUUUAACUAAUUUGGUUUAAUUUCUUCAGGCAUAGAGAGGAAGAGAGAGGUGAAAAGGUAUAUAUCAAGCCAGGAAGGAAUAUCUGUUUGAGAUACAUUGAUGAGUCUUUCAUUUGUUGAUACAUUCCGAUUGCUCUGGAAAGUCAUCCUUUUUAGGUGUUCCCAGUCUUCAAUCCAAUAUGCUUACAAAAAUUCAGUCCUUGGGAGUUCAGUCCUCUGCUCCUGUUGAGUAUACUGGAACUAAAAGUCAGUGUACCACCAGUGGGUGAGAGCAAUCACUCAUCUGAAUAAAAAGUGGUAAAUUGGCUGAUUUUUAAGUGUCUCACUGUCAAUACUGUCUCAUAUUUAACGUAUUGAACACUAAUUCUUUCAGCCCAUUCCCAUUCUUUUCAGUUGUUUGUUUUGUAAAUUAUAUGCUGUUAGCAGCAUUUUUAGAGGGUUUUUCCAUAUUUUACUUACAGCUACAUAUUGUGCAUAAAGCAUAUGCAUGUAAACUUACAUGCAGCAUCCUAAGGGGAAGAAACUCCUAGUAAUUGUAAUGUGACUUAGUCAUGAAAAUAAGCUGACAUCAUUCACAAUGGCCAGAAUUUACAAGGGUACCAAAUGAUAAUGUAAAGCAUUACAGAAAGAGUAAGCCUAUUUUCCUCAAGCAGUUUUAAAGGUUGAAUGUAAAUAUAACAUCUUAGAAGCUAAGAACUGUCACCUCCUUUGGAGAGAUUUGCUGUAACUUAAUGCUACAUAUGAUUUUUUACAUUGAAAGUCAAAUUAGUGGGUUUGUUCCAUGAGCAUAGGACAGGAAAUUAAGUGUUGGUGACACUUUGGGUUUCUUUUGUGUCUAGAUAGUUACAGAAUUGUAGGAUAGUGCUGUGGUUCUCUGUAACCUCAUAAACCCUUGAGGUGCAGCAUAGUUGGCAUUGACACAAAAAUUCCCCAAAUCUCAUGUGGGGAGUGGGGGUGGUUUACAAUGUAACUUCCAGAAUUGUAGCAUGCCUUUCUUUAUUAGACAAGGAUGACUUAGGAAAAGGGAGAAAAACCAGGAAUGUUGAUUCCUGUGUAGUUUGAGGAAGAAGAAAGGAGCAACUUGUGAACAGGUGAAAUAGCCAUGUUGACAGCAGAGAGGUUAUUACAGCUCUGUGCAGUGAAGAAGGAAAUUAAGUGUUGUCUCUCUGCAGUAGAACUAUUAAGUGUCUUAAACCAUUCAUUUAAAUGAAAUAUCUUAGGCAUAGUGUAAAGUUUUAGGUUGAAUGGAAAGCAUUUUUAAAGAAAAAACCUUUCUAAAAUACACCAUUCUCCUGUUACAAGAACAUCUUUAAUUUUCUUUCUACCUAUCUUAGUGACUUAAUAAUGCAUGGAAGGCUAUAAGGGAUAUAAAGGAUAUAACCUUUGAAUAAUUCUUGGCUUGAUUUUGCCUGCUCUUGAGGAGUAGAGGUUACACAGUCAAAUGCAGCAAGAUCUUUAAACAAGAUUCUAUCUCCAGUCUUCUCUGAAGAGUGAGGUGAGCUAAAAAUACUCUAUUUUAUUCUGUGCUGUGAUGUGAGAAGCAGCAUUUCUUAGAAAGAGUCAUGCCAUGCAGAGUCUACAUAGCAAAGUGCAAGUUUCUGAUUUACCUGUGAAGUAAUAUUUUUUCAAUAUAAUAAUGGGUAAAAAGUGUUCCUGUUUGUAAUGUAUUUCAGAUAUGAAAACAUGUAUUUUCUGAUUAAUGCAUUUGUUCUAAAUGUACCCUGUAGCCCUGUACCCUGUAGCCUCAGUCACAGAGGAGUGCACUAAAUUGUUACCCAUUUUAUGCACAAUUGACUGAGUGCAGUCACUGUGAUGUCCUGGGGUUUAAGACAAGAGAAGGUUUUUCAGUUAUUUAAUCUCCUAAUGCUUUCUGUCUGGUAGUGAGCAGCUCACUGGCAAAUAUACAGAUGGUUAUUUUGAGGGCUACAUAUUUUUUCUGAAAGAUUAGUCCCACUGAUUGAACAGUCAUGCUUAAAACUAUUUCACUUUUAACCUGAAACUUUCUGUAUCUCUUUAUUAUGUCAGUGUUGUAGCCCUUUGUCUUAUUUUCUUGUUGUGGAGUUAUCUCAUGCUACUUAUCUCAGCUUAUUAAAAGAAAAUCAAGUUAACACUUUUGGAAAGUGUUAAAAUUCUUUCAUUUUUUUCAAUCAUUCUGGUCCAGAAAGGUGCUGUGCAGUGCUAUCCUGCUUAUAACUACAUAGCUUCUUUUAUUUUCUUUGACUGUAAUGCACUGGGAGCUGAGGGGGAGGGGGCAAAGAAAAAGAGUUGUUGCCAUUGAUGAUGGUGACUUCCAUUUAUUUUAUUUGAGUCCUGUGUCCUGCAUUCCUGGAGGGAUUUUUGGUUUGAUUUGGGAUUUUUUUUCAUGUGGAACUCUGUCAAAAAGCAUCAUCUUUUUUAUUUUUAGUUGAUUGGUUGGGGUUUUUUUUCUCCUUCCCCUCCCCUCCUCUUCUGGGACAAAUUAACCCAUCAAGGAAGAUUGGUUUUUCCUUACAACUUCAGCCCCUGACAUGCAGCUGUUUUGCUUUUGGUGGCACUUACCAGUGGUCUGAAGCUCAUCAGCAAAAUAUGGAGUAGCAUCAAACUACCAGUUCUGGCAGAAUUCUUUUAAAAACAGAAUUCUGUUUAAUCAUUUCCACUUCACUGCUUUAGAUGCCGAAAUUACUUGAAGUCGUGACAGCCCAGCCUAGGCUUGUUGCAGUGUUUGUGUUCUUUCUAAUUGGAGCACAUCAGGUGAUGUACCUGACAGAAGUCUAUUACAUGUCCUGGUGCUAUGUUUAUUCAUUUGGCUCAUCAAAGGACUCUUAAAUGAUACUAAUUAAUUCCCUUUCUCUUAAUUGCCAAGAAUCUCCCUUCCCUGAAUUAGAUAUCAAGCUAACCAGCUGUAAUAAUGCAGUAAUUUUAUUUUAGAAAAUCACCUUAUCACUCUUCCUUAUCUAUCUUUGGUAAAAUGAGUGGUUCAGGAGCAUUUUGAGAUGGCUAGCACAGCAGUUUUUCAGUUCUAGUUUAUGUUCACUAAACUCAUUAGUGAGUUUUUCCUGCAGUAUGGAAGAGAAAGGUUAUUCACUGAUCUUUUUUUUCCCCAGUGUUUUGCAAUGAAACAGCAUUAAUACUGCUGUUGCACAUUCCACUUAACAGAAAGAAAGAAUAAAAAAUAAGUGUGACUGCAACUAUUGUUGUCUGACAUGUAUUUUUCUCUAAUGGUAUUUGUCCUUCAUCAGUGCAAGCUUAUAAUCCACUUUAUUGUGUUUAUGCUGGUGAACUAGUAGAAAAGCUUGAUUUUUCAAAGAAAAAAAAAGAAAACUUGCUGUUCCAGUAAAUAGAAUAAAUAUUUUAUUUUACAAAGUGUGUGUUUUGAUUAAACAGAAUGUCUCACAAUAACAUUUGCAAAAUUACUCUCUUCAACUAUAAUCACACUUAAGGUACUGCUGUAAGAUUUUUUUCUUUGUUCUUACAAUAAUUCUAAAUCCAAAUAUCACUCUUUAAAAUGUAUUUUUAUUGGAGAAUAUGUAACUGGGUAGUUUUAAGAUGAGUCACCUUUUGCUUCUAUAGCUGUCAUGGAAACUGGCAAGAUGGAAACAUUGCCAAAAAAUUGAGAUGUGUUGGCAGUGUUUUAAAAUUCACAUACAUCAUCUUUACCUGUAACACGGUUUUUCUUAAUAAGAACUUAGAAUUAAUGGAGAUAGGACAGGCUUUGCAAAAACCAAGCACUAGUGCAUCUCGCUGAUGUGUAAAUGGAGCAGACCCACGGCCAUCGUAUGUGUGUACAUUUUCUCUAAUGCAUCGUGAGUUAGUUUAGGGGCUCUUGUGCAUUCACAGUGGUUCUUGCCUGCAGCAACACUCCUAUUGCAGCAGUGUUUUGGGAGAGUUGAUGCACAAUUCCGAAAACUUAAGUUACGUUUUUGCAAUUAUCUGGGGAGAGGGCAUGUUUAAAUCUAACAAAUAGGCCUGAAUGCUGUGGGGUUAUUCUGUCCUGAAACAGAGUUCAAAUUCGGGCUGGCUUGGUCCUGCAGUCCCACAUCAGCAAAUACAGUUCUCGUGUCUCAGUGGAUUUGGUGCUGAUUUUCUCUCCCAGGAAGCUUUCUGUGCCUCCUCUUGAAGAAAACUGAAAGCAAUUUAGGCAGUUGUUUCAGCAUAAACUUCAUUAGAUAUCCUUAACUGUAGUGAAACAAUCUAAUUCUUAGUUCUCUGUUUAAAUGUCUGUUACUUGGGUAUAAAAUGGCGAGCUUGACAUGGCAUAGGACCAUUGUAGGAAUACACAUUGAGAUUUCUUCUCCAUUACCUGAUUUUAUACUCUCAUCUUGGCAAUUCAGCAGUCAAUUUUCUUUGGUUUUCUCCUCUUAUAUUUUUAACUCGAUUUUGUUUAAUAAUAUUUAGUAUUUAGUAUAAUAAUAUUUUAUUAAAUCCAGAAAAUUACUUGUAAAAAUGGAUUUUUUUUUAAAUUAAGCUUUCAGAAGCAUAGGGCAUACUUUGAGUCAUGGCAAAUGUAAAUUUUAAAAUAGAAAACUCCUCAAAAGAUUUAAAAGAAAAACGGGCAAAAAACCCACAAUUACAGGCUUUGAAACUUUACAGUCAAUCUCUUUAGACAUGUGAAGAGAUUUGAACACAAAUGACUUUUCUGAAAAUGCAGAAAAAUCAAAACAACAAGCCUCUCCUGCUAUAUUUAAAUUUUUCAAACUCAAAUGUGAGUCUGUAUACUUUCCAAUAGCUCAGUUGUUACAGGUAUCACCAUGUUUUUAGUGAUAGAAAUUUAUUUGAAGUCACAUAGAUUAAUCUGAAGAAAAAUACUAUUUAGGUUUAACUAUUUCCCUGUAUUCAGAAAAGAUUUUGAGACAUUAGGAUGAAAUCAUAGGGAUGCGAAGUAGAGUUAUGAUGAGGGUAGGAACACACUGAAAAACAUAUUUCUCUAUUUGAAAGUAAAUUAACUGUGCCUACCCAACUGUAAGGAAAAUUGCCAAAACAUGCUAUCCUGUUUCCAAACAAUGUACGCUGCUGGAUAUUUGGGGGUUUUUAAUGUGUUUUCUUGAAGGUUUUUUUCCCAUAUUUUUUGUAACUUGGAUGGCUAACAAUUUUAAGAAUAUCAGUUUAAACUUCAUAAUCUUUAAUUUGUGGUUUGCUCCUUUCAUUGAAAUCAUGAUGUAGAAUUCCUGAUUACUGCUGUCUGCUGAGUGAAGGGCUUGUGUUCUCAGUUCUUUGCAACUAACACUUGCUGGUUUUAAGGGUGUAAAGUGCUUUCUGGUCAUCUUUCAUCUGUCCAAGCUUAAAGUCAUCUAUUACUGUCCAUACAACACAUGAGAGCAUACAACCACACUUUAUGCUUUUUAAAAAUGUUUGUUAAGCAGCUUUACUUGGGAUUCUGUUUUGAUGGAUCCAUUUCAAAUACUGCACUAAUUAAGUGUAACCAUCUUUUCAGUUGUUAAAAUGCACUUCUGAAAAUGAGAAGCCUUUGAGGAUCAUUAAGAGAGAAGUUUCAAGUGCUCAUUAAUGAAGGGCUAUUCCUUCUGCCUUGCUCUUACUAAAACCAGACCUUUUUAAGCCAGUGGUAUUCAAAUCUAUAUGCUGACAGCACUUUUUCUACCUAGGAAAGAAUAUCCAGAUGGUCUCAAAUUUUCAAGAUAUGAAAAUGCACUUAAAAGACAACUUUGAAAAUAUACACUGAGAUGUAAAAUAUAGGGGGAAAGUAGUUUUGUGAUAUUAGUUAGAGUUAUAAAGCUAUAUAUAUGCACUGUACUGUUUCAUUAUGGGUGCCAAAGAGCAUUUUCUGUGAUAACUAAUUAGCAAUAGUAGGAAAAUGGAAGGGAAGACUGUGAGGGUCUAGUCUGUCUUAGGAGUCAUGUUGGUCUCCAGUAGUUCUCUCGAAUUCUGAAGAAUUGAUACAGUUUUAAAAUAUGUUUGGGGGUUCUACUUGCUCUUUAUUUAUAACCAUACUAAUCUGGGACAGCUCAUCACUGUACAAGACUUACAUUCAUCAGAAUAACUUCUUAAACACAUCUGUAUAGGGGCUAAUAAAAUGACUGGAUACUGUCUAAGCUGAUUAACUUUUAUUAAAACUUUAGACUUGAGUAGAAACAGAAAUGUAAAUAAAUACAGUAGAGCAGGUCAUUAUUUUCUCUUAAUUAUACUGACUUCUUACCAAUCCAGGUGAACCAUUUGCAGUGCUUCAUUUUCAUCUGGUUUUGGUAGUCAUAAACAAACUUAUGCAUCUGUGUAAUUACUGAUGUAGCCUUUUUCCUCAAUAAUGAACAUAAAUAACAUCAUGUGUUUCCUAUAUCAUUAUCUGAAUCCACAUCUAAAGUAAGCUGACUUUCACAGUAGCAGUUGGAUUCUCGUUCAGUAUAAAUGGAAAAAAUUCAAUUACAGUAGCAGUGGUAUUUUAAAGGACUUGUAACACUUUUGUUAAGAUUCUCAAGAAACUGGUUUGGAAAAAUAAGUGUAGAUACAGCAAAGUUGAUUUUAAUUUCUUUUAUUUUAUUCAUCUUUACCUAUGUAGAGAUUCAGGCCCCCACCAACUCUGUUUGUUUAUUUUUCUCUUUUCUGUUCUUCCUCUACUCUUAAAGUGAAGAAUACAUGUUAUAUAUAAAUAAAACCUCUCCAGUGAGUUUUAAUCAGUUUUUCUUCUC